AUGUGCAAUCGAGAGAAUCAAUGCUUCCCCCUGGCAAAUACAAUGCAUGGAAGCGAAGAAGCCAUCAUUGCUUUCCAUAACCACCUUCUUGAUUUAUUCGGGACCACUGUGACAUUUCUUUAUGUAGGUAGCGAUUACGACGUUAUUCGACAACUCCGGAACGUCACAGCAUGCGAGAUCGGGAUGGAAUAUCUCUUUACUCAAAUGAGAACCCUCGAAAACUUUCUCACCGCAUCUCCUGUUUUUAAAUUUAUUCAUAUUACUGCUAGAACGACAGAAGAGCAAUUCAAUCCGGAAUCCAAGCUCUAUCAGGCUGAAUCGAUUCAAAUCGAUCAACGGGACCACACCUUCCCAGCUAUUUUACAUCGUUAUCAGGGAAGACAGGCAGUUUUAAGAUGCACACAUUGCAAUCUUCAUCAUUUGAUGGAUUUUGUAAAAAAAUGGAAAUCAGGAGAGGGAUUUCAGAAUUUGGAAUAUCUUAAAAUCAAAAUUAUCUGUAAUGGCGUUCCCCAGCUUCAAAUUUUCAAUGAAAUUGGAGCAAGAUAUAUUGAUGCGACAAAACAACCACCAGCACACAGUGUGCCCAGAGUAUACAUCGAGUGUAAUGACGAUGAACAACCAAAUACGGAGCCAAUCAUCAGUCACGCAUAUCGAGGACGCUCAGUUUGGAGUUUGGGACAAAACGGAGGAGGAGUUUUUGAGAAUGGUGGAACAGUUUGCGAUUGA